AAUAUAUAGCGUGGUUCCAGACAGAGGAACACAAAGCGAAUCCACAGAGCGAUAGCACCGGAACAAACAGAGCACAAUACCGCCAGCAAAGCAAAGCGAAGCGACGCAGCUGCACUGCAAUAUACUUCAUAACGACACACAGCGCCACAUCAGUUUGUGAAAAUGAGCUUCAACAAACGCUUACCUUCAGACCUGACACAAAAAAUCUUCAGUGUCUUCUUGGACUUUGAAGCAGACUGCCCUCCGGUGGACAAGAGAAUGCAAGUUGAGCGUCCGCGGAAUCCCCGUGGCCUCUGCGACAGCGGUCUCCAAUUGCGGGUGUCCGGGUAUGUGCGCAAGGUGCGACAGGCAGUCACGCUGGUCCUGAUCGUGCAGAAGAUGAAGAGACCGAAGGGGUCCUUGAUGGAGCACGUGAUGGCAGAUCAGGCCGUGGUGGAGGUGCCUCUGGACUCGGACAGCUCUCGGGACUGGGACAGUCCUUGGCACUUGGACAUAUUUUGGAACUCGGACAACUCUCAGAACUGGGACAACUCUUGGUACUUGGACAUCCUCUGGUACUCAGACAGGUCUUGGCACGUGGACCUCUCUUGGUACCCGGACAGCUCUCAGUCCCCGGACAGCGCUAGGUACCCGGACAGCUCUCAGUCCCCGGAAAGCGCUAGGUACCCGAUCAGCUCUCUGGGUGAUCUGAGCGAGGGCUUAACUGCCAAGCCCUACGAGAUCUACGAUGUGCGUAACAAGUACUGGGUGCUGCAGCAAUGGAACUCGAUCCCCCCAAUGCUGACAGCCAUGAUGCUGCAGUAUCCCGACACGUCAAUGCAAGCAGUGACUCUCCUCAUCUCCACCUUCAUACCACAGAGCAACCACGGAUCGGGGCAGCUCAUGACUCUGGGCAUCAAGGGCACUAACUACUUCCUGUCCUGCAGCAGCCCGCCCGACUCACCCGACUCACCCGUCCUGAACCUGGAGACGGUAGAGGGUCCGAUCAGCACGAGGACCGGAACGUCCCGGUUCCUGUUUUACAGGCGAGACAGCGGCACCACCACAGCGUUCGAGUCGUUUCUGUUCAGCGGCUGGUUUAUCAGCAACCACAGAUGUUUUGAAUAUGUCCCAGUGGCCAUGUGUAAAGUGCAAGACUCCUCACAACGCGUCACCCAUUUCAAUCUCUCACGCAAUACGAACCCUGUGAAUAAACAGAGUGCCAGACAACGGCAGGAAUCCCUCGUCUCUCAACGCCUUCCGUUCCGCCACCUCCGCCAGAAGACCCCCCUGUUUAGAUUGUGCUCCUAGAUCUCCUGCUCCGCCCCUCCUGCUCUGCACUGGACUCUCCUGACCUCAGCACCACGUUACUGGAUCCUCAGCUGAUGCGCUAUCCUUGCACUAUUGCACUGCUAAAAUGUCACUGUAGAUAUAAUUUGCUGUGAUCCUAACUAGCUGCAUCCUAGUUCAUAUUGUAUUCUAGUAGUAUUAUUAUUCUUUGCACUGACUGUAAACUACACUGUGUUUAAAUAUGAAGCUUGCAUUGUAACCCUGUGCUGCCCUGGAACACCUGUGAGUCGCCUGGGAUAAAGACAUCUGACAAAUAAAUACAUAAUAAUAAUAAUAAUAAUAAUAAUAAUAAUAAUAAUAAUAAUAAUAAUAAUUUGAAGUCACCUGACUGUUAGUUAAUCUUCUCAGUGUCCACCAGGGGGAGACAGACUCGUUUUCACAGAUUUACCAGCGAGGUCUUUCUUUUGAAGUACAGAAAUGCCAAACGCAGCGUGAACCGCCCUCUGCGUGAAAAGGAAAAGGGGUCCCC